AUGAAUUUGAAGGAGGGGCUAACUGCCAAGGUAUUCCAUACAUGCAAUGCUUCCAUCACGCUGCAGCAGCAACUGAAGGAGCUUACCAACUCUGAUGAAAAUGUGCCUGCAAAGCCCCUUUCUUACAACCGUGCCAACAGAGCAGUUGCCAUCCUGUGUAACCAUCAGAGGGCACCUCCUAAAACCUUUGAAAAGUCUAUGCAAAAUCUUCACGAGAUGCUUGAUGCAAAAAAUGAGCAGUUAGCUGAAGCCAUUCGAGAGCUGAAGAGUGCCAAGACAGAGGCUAAGGUGCAGAAAGAUGAAAAAAGAGAAAAGCUGGUGGUAGGCAAGAAAAAAGUAGUUCAGAGAAUUGAAGAACAGUUAAUGAAGCUGAAGGUACAGGCAACUGACCGAGAAGAGAAUAAGCAAAUAGCAUUUGGUACCUUCAAGCUGAACUACUUGGAUCCCAGGAUUAGUGCUGCGUGGUGUAAAAAAUGGGGUGUCCCUAUUGCGAAGAUCUACAAACAGCUCAAAGGGAGAAUGUGA